GCUUGGGGUUUAAAGCGCGCCCUUGCCAGGCGCCCAUUGCUUCCCAUCUCCGGGGGGGAUCCCCUUUUGCCCCCCUCGAGCGAUGGCCGCUUUUCCUCGCCCGCUCUGAAUGCCAGCGCCAUGCUGAGGCAGCCGCCUUUGUACGAGCUGGUGGCUUAUCGGCAGCAACACCAACACCAACAUCCCCCGCAGCAGCAGCAGCUGGGUCCCGUGCUAGUGGUGGGCAAAGCCGAGGUGGCGCCUCCGGACUCGAACCCGCUCCCGGCGAGCGAGCAGCAGCAGCUCCGUCGCAAGAUCAACAGCCGCGAGCGGAAGCGGAUGCAGGACCUGAACCUGGCCAUGGACGCCCUGCGGGAGGUGAUCCUGCCCUACUCGGCGGCGCACUGCCAGAGCUCGCCCGGCAGGAAGCUCUCCAAGAUCGCCACGUUGCUCCUGGCCAGGAACUACAUCCUGCUCCUGGGCAGCUCCUUGCAAGAGCUGAGGAGGAUCCUGGCCGAGGUGAGCGCCUCCCCGGGAGCAGGAGGAGGAGGCAGCCCUCGCCUCCUGCUCGCCGCGGGGCUCCCGCUCUUCGCCCCGGGCCCUCUGCUCCUCGCCUCCCCCGGGAACAUCAGCCACCACCAUCACCACCACCAUCACCCGGGCUCGGGCGGCAACAGCGGAGGCGCGGGCGGGAAAUACCUGGCCUUGGCCCUCGAGGACCCCCAGCAGCCUUCAGCAGCAGGAGGAGCGGCAGCGGCGGGGCUCUGCGCAUGCGCGGGCUGCAAGUUCCCCCACUUGGUGCCCGCCGGACUCAGUUUGGCCCAGUUCGCCAAGUGACAGGCAAAAUAGAGGACUCUCUGGACUAGGACGGAGCUCCUGGGGUCGGACCUGGAUGGAGACUGAAGAAAGAAGAGGGGAUAUAUAUGGAGAGGAGGACAGCAAGUUUGGAGUUUGAAAAAAAAAAGUCAGGGUGCAUAUUCUACAGUGUAGAACAGGUCUGGGCCAACUUAGGCCCUCCAGGUGUUUUGGACUUCAACUCCCACCAUUCCUAACAGCCUCAGACCCCUUUCUUUCCCCCCUCAGCCGCUUAAGCUCAGGAAAGGGCCUGAGGCUGUUAGGAAUGGUGGGAGUUGAAGUCCAAAACACCUGGAGGGCCUAUAUUUACCCAAACCUGUUCUACACUGUAAAAUGAAUGCAGUUUGACACCACUUGAACUGCCAUUGCUCAUUGCUAUGUCAUCUUGGGUGUUGUCUGUGUUUUGAUGAGGCACCAGCCCACUUUGGGCCCUUCCACACCGCCCUUUGUCCCAGAAUAUCAAGGCACAUUAUCUGAGUGUGGACUCAGAUAAACGAGUUAUCUGAAAGAAAAAAAAUAGGAUAAUAACUAUUGCAAAUAGAGGCAGAAGAAUUAUGAAUUUCACAUCCUGUAAAAUCCUGGGAUCUGGAUAUUUAGGGGAGGAUAUUUAGGGUAUUUUCUGCCUUGAUAUUCUGGGAUACAGGGCUGUGUCAAAGGGGCCUUUUGCUAAAGACCUUGUGAAACUACAACUCCCAGGACUCCAUAGCAUUGUGUCAAGCUGCAACAGUUCUACAAUGUAGAUGUGCCCUGUGUGUAGGUGCACCUUGUAUCCACGCAAUAGCAAUUUGACAUCAUAUUCACUGC